CGUCAUAUAAAUAUAUACUCUCGACUUAUAAAAGGUGAAGCCUGCAAAGUUUAUUUUCAGCCAAAAGAGAAUCGAAUAUCAUUAUCGCAGUUAACGCUGCUUCUCUCACUCUCCUAAUUUCCUCUUCAAACCAGAGACUACUUUUUCUCUCUUCCUCCUCCUUUUAUUUCUUUCAGUUUUAUUCUUCUGUUUGGUUUGGAAUUAAUUAAAGAUCGAGAAAUACAGCCAGCUUUUUAAGAUUGAAUCGUAUUGCUUUUAAAACAAUUAUAUAAUGUGGAAAAUCAAGUAUGGAAGUGGAGCUGAAGACCCUUAUUUGUAUAGCACAAACAAUUUUCUGGGAAGACAAAUAUUUGAGUUUGAUCCAGACGCAGGGACCCCCGAAGAGCGAGCCCAAGUCGAUGAAGCUCGUCAAAAUUUCUACAAAAAUCGUUACAAGGUCACUCCCUGCAGUGAUCUCAUCUGGAGAUUUCAGAUGCUAAGGGAGAAUAAAUUCAAACAAACAAUUCCGCAAGUGAAGGUGGAGCAUGAUGAAGAGAUCACAUAUGAGAAAGCAGACGCAGCCAUGAGAAGGUCCAUCAACUUUUGGUCAGCAUUGCAGACGCCUCACGGUCAUUGGCCAGCUGAAAAUGCUGGUGUCAUGUUCUACAUUCCACCAUUAGUGUUUUGCAUGUAUAUUUCGGGACAUUUGGACAAAGUAUUCAAUGAACAUCACAAGAGGGAAAUGUUAUGGUACAUGUAUUGUCAUCAGAAUGAGGAUGGAGGGUGGGGAUUGCACAUUGAGGGCCCAAGCAUGAUGAUGUGUACUGUCCUUAACUACCUCGCCAUGCGCAUUCUUGGAGAAGGCCCUGAUGGUGGUCUUGACAAUGCAUGUUCUAGAGCUCGAAAAUGGAUUCAUGACCACGGUGGUGCUGUUGGCUCAGGCUCUUGGGGAAAGACUUGGAUGGCAAUACUUGGUGUGUAUGAAUGGGAUGGAUGCAACCCAAUGCCCCCAGAAUUUUGGUUUUAUCCAUCUGUCGUUCCUCUUCAUCCAUCCAAAAUGUUUUGUUAUUGUCGCUUGACCUUCAUGCCUAUGUCGUACUUUUAUGGAAGAAAGUUUGUCGGUGAAAUUACACCUCUCAUUGAGCAACUAAGGGAAGAAAUUCAUAUCCUUCCCUACAAAAAUAUUAAAUGGAGCAAAAUGCGUCACACAUGUGCUAAGGAGGAUAACUACUAUCCCCAUGGUAAAGUACAACGUCUCUUAUGGGAUGGUGUGUACUAUCUUGCUGAGCCUAUCAUUAAUACUUGGCCUUUUAAUAAAAUAAGAGAAAAAGCAGUUCAAAAGGCCAUGGAGCACAUUCAUUAUGAGGAUGAAAAUAGUCGAUAUAUCACGAUUGGAUGUGUUGAGAAGCCAUUAAUGAUGCUUGCUUGUUGGGCCGAAGAUCCCAACGGAGAAGCUUUCAAGAAGCAUAUUCCGAGAGUUGAUGAUUAUUUAUGGGUAGCGGAGGAUGGCAUCACUAUGCAAAGUUUUGGUAGCCAAUCAUGGGACUGUAGUCUCGCUGUUCAAGCACUACUCGCUGGAAAUAUAAAUGCUGAAAUUGCACCUGUACUAAAGAAAGCACAUCAGUUUUUAAAGAUGUCUCAAGUAAGAGAGAAUCUUCCUAACUAUUUAGACCAUUUUCGACAUGUUUCCAAAGGAGCAUGGACUUUCUCUGAUCGAGAUCAUGGUUGGCAAGUUUCUGAUUGUACUGCUGAAGGUUUAAAGUGUUGCCUUCUGUUAGAAAUGAUGCCGUCGAACCUUGUGGGCGAGCCAAUGGAAGCAGAGCACAUGUAUGAUGCUGUUAAUGUCAUAAUGUCAUUACAGAGUCCAAAUGGCGGUGUUUCAGCUUGGGAGCCAACAGGAGCUCCAAAAUGGUUGGAGUGGCUCAACCCUGUGGAGUUUCUUGAAGACCUUGUUAUUGAAUAUGAGUACAUAGAGUGUACCUCUUCUUCAAUCCAGGCAUUAAAUCUGUUCAGAAAAUUACAUCCUGGCCAUAGAAAGAAAGAGGUUGAUAAUUUCAUCACCAAUGCUGCUAAUUACCUUGAAGACACACAAAUGCCUGAUGGCUCUUGGUAUGGAAAUUGGGGAAUUUGCUUUGUCUAUGGCACAUGGUUUGCUAUUAGAGGAUUAGAGGCUGCAGGAAGACACUAUGGCAACUGCGAAGCUGUUCGCAGAGGUGUUGAGUUUUUACUCGAAACUCAAAGAGAAGAUGGUGGAUGGGCAGAGAGCUACACUUCUUGCACAAACAAGGUCUACACACCUUUUGAAGGCGACCACUCUAACUUGGUGCAAACUGCUUUAGGACUAAUGGGGUUAAUUCAUGGCAGACAGGCUGAAAGAGAUCCCACUCCUAUCCAUCGUGCUGCAAAAUUGUUAAUCAAUUCCCAAUUAGCAGAUGGUGAUUUCCCCCAACAGGAACUUAUGGGUGUUUUUAUGAGGAACUGCAUGUUGCAUUAUGCAGCGUAUAGGAAUAUCUUUCCUAAUUGGGCUUUGGCUGAGUAUCGUAAUUUGGUUCCAUUGCCAUCUACAAAUUAAUCCUUGAAGACUGGCGAGGAUAUUGUUUGACGCAAGCUAAAUGAAGAUAAGAUUGCAUAUAAACUAAAUACUGUCUUAUAGUAAUAUGUAAAUCACAUUGUUGAUGUAUAAAUUAUUUUACAGCAACCAAAGAAUGAAUUGUAGAUGGAAUUCAAUACAAGCUAUACACGAAAUGUGUAAAAAUAUAAUAUAAAUAAUUAUAUGUUUUUGAGAUGUAUGAGAAAGCUUGGUAUGUACACUCAAGUACAAUAUUGUAUUUCUAAAUCCUUCAAUAUAAUAGAUUAAUGAAAAAUCAAGGCUUGUGCACUA